CCCGUCACCACAACAAGCCAGUCGGCGGGCAAAUUUUGAACCAGCGAGCAACCCCACGAAACAGCAACGCCAUGUCCACGUUCACCGUAUUUGUCGACCCAGACAUUGGGCGACCAGGCACCGCUGCCAACAAGAUGCGCUCCCCAAGAAAAGGGCUUGCGUCUCGCAAGGACGGUCUCAACACACAACCGUCCAUGACCCCAGUUACAGCCAAGACUGUGGCUGCGACGCCGCGGCGUGCACUGGGCGAUGUGAGCAACAACAGCCACGUGCUCAAGGCCGGCAAGACGCCCGGCUUCCCAUCGGCGCGCAAGGCGUCCAAGAAGCUUGGUGUGCGCGCUGACCAGUCAGGCACCAACAGUUCCAUCAACCCCAACACCAGCAGCAGUAGCAAGCUCGCCCUCCGCCCAGGCGCCCUCAAGCAGGCCAACGCCACCAAGGGGCUGGCCAUGCCUGCAAGCACGAUGAAAGCAACACAGCAACAGCAGCAGCGGAAGGAAACGCGAGCAUGGUGGGACAAGCCUGUUGAGAGGAUGCCCAUGAACGACGAUGACAUGCACAUCCCAGACCCAUUCCAGGACAAGCUGGCAAGAGCGUUUGGUGAUGCUAACGGCUCGGAUGACGCGCUGGACUUGAGUCUGGAUGAGUUUGCACCAGACCCGUUCUGCUUUGGAACGGCACCAUCAGCGACAGCCAAGGCAGCCCCAUUUUCUGCCUCGGCCGCCUUGAACAUCUUCAAUGACAUGCAGGAUGCAACAUGCGGCCUCGUUGGAGUGCCAUCCUCCCUCGACGACAACGACGACCUGUGAUUGUUGGCGUCAAACAUGCGUUGUGUUGUCUCUUUACAUUCGUGUGUGUGUGUGUGUGUGUGUAUGUGUGUAUCGACAUGUGAACAGACGACGAGAUUUGGCGUGAUUGGAUGUCGUUCCCCCCCCCCCUCCAACUAGUUGGUGUUGUGUUUCUCAUUUGCGUCGUUUUUUCUCUCGCUUUGCGCUGCUGCGCGUUGUCUUUCUUCACGCCCCUCAUGGUGGCGUGCCUCCCCCCUCCCCUCUCUUCACUGUUGCUUGCGCUGUUUCUUCCCUUUCCCUUUCCCUUUUUCGUUCCUAAUCGAUCUGAACGCAGGUUUCCAUCUUGCUUUCUAUUCUUCGUAUUGAACCCCCCAAUCCAAGCAAUCCAGAG